AACUACAGCGAGUCACGCGUGCAUGCGCAGAUGGGAGUUCGUCGACUGCGGGCCGCUCUCGACGGUCGCUCAAUCUUCGUCGGCGAAAUCGACCGCGCAUUCGCUGACCACGAGUCCGAGCCUAUGGGAGAGACCAUUCUAUUUACGACCGAGGAAUCCAUACUGGAAGCGAUCGCUGAGAAUGACGUUUGUCUUGCAAACAACAUGGAGAAAACCCAGUCCACAUGUGAUUUUGUAGGAGAAGACCUUGUGCUAGGACUUACACCAGGCAGGCCAGUUACUCGGGAAAUGAACCGUGUCCCCAAUAAUAAGGAGAAACCACACUGCUCCACAUUAACCGAUGUUGAGGAAGACGGCUCAGUAGGGAAGGUAAAAGUUAUACACUUGGAGCUCUGCGGAAAUUGGGGUGCGCCAGGCUUGAUCGGACUUUGUGGACUGGAGCUACUUGACAAUAAGGAUGAUGUCAUCGAUCCAUCGACGAUGACUAUCUCAGCGAAUGACGGAUCUGACUGCGACUCCCAGAGACUUCUGAAUGGCAACAAUCUUACGCGAUCGCCGGACGAUAUGUGGCUUACCACAUUUGAUCCGAAGUAUCCACCAACGAUCACCAUUAUGCUUCUUAAGCCGACAGUGGUGAAAGGAAUUUCCUUCUGGAACUACAACGCUUCACAGGAGUUGGCAUACGCUGGCGUUCGUUUGCUGAAUAUCUGCACCAAUGGGAAGGCGGUAGUCAAUAACGUUCUCCUGAGGAAAGCUCCAGGAUUUGUGCUGUUCGACUUCGUGCAGGACGUGCAUAUAGAUCGCCAUCCCACCAUCAGACCACUAAUGCGUCCUGCUACGCAUUCAGUUUAUGGAUUGCUUGUAAUCGAACUUAUUUUAGUCAUAUUCCAACUGCGAUUGCUCAGUUCGUGGGGCGAUGAGUUCUACAUUGGCUUAAAUGGAAUCGAACUCUACGAUCGCCAGGAUAAAAGGAUCAACGUUGGGCCACACAAUCUGGCGGCAUUUCCUGAAAGCGUCAACAUCCUUCCAUCAGUCGAAGGCGAUCCCAGAGCUUGUCUGAAUCUCAUUAAUGGAUGCAACGACACGAACCGCGCAGAGCAGAUGUGGUUGACACCGAUACUUCCGAAUCGCUGUGCACGGGUGUUCUUCGUAUUCGACGAUCCGGUUGCCGUGUCUACCAUCGUCAUCUACAAUUACCGCAAGACACCAGCAAGGGGAGUGCGGCAUAUUUCGGUGAGUCGGCUAAGAUGA